GGGAAUUGACAAAGACGCACGAAUUCUGCAUUAAUCUGCAUAGUCUGUAUCGCUCAGGCUGCCCUGCUUUCAUGUUCUUCGUCCAUGCUCAUCACCACGGCAGCCAUACGGCGGAUCUCAGCGUCCAACAGCAAGACGACAUUCUCAUGGAAGAGGUCGACGACGAGCUGGACCAACUCGCGUCGUCUCUUCAGAGAAGGACCGCCCUCGUGACGACGGCCUCGUCUGAGUCGUCUUCCCGUCCGGCAAUGAAUCUGCCUGAAGCCGCCGGCAUCUUGGAGACGGCUGCAUCGCUGCCGAAUGAGACGAGGGCAAUUAUUAAGAGGAUGGUGAAGCUGCAAGAAAAUGGAGCUGGAUACCGUGAGAUUGGGCGCCGUUUGCAGAAGGGCGGGAGGCGGAUCAUCAGAGAGCUUUCACGGCUGAUCGAGCGAUAUCGGACUCAUCUUGAGGAGGGUCAAGAGGCGUGUCAAUCACGCCUGAUCGAGGCUGAGGAGGCAAGCAAAGAGGCGAGGCAGCAGCUGGCACGAAGCACUGCAGCGGUCACAGAGGUGGGACGGGGAGAGAGCGCUCACCUGUGUCGCAUGGCAUGUUUCGUUGCAGGUGAGCGCGGCGGCGUAUGCGGAUUGCUCCGCCGUUCGAGGCCAAACCAUUAAGACGGAAGACAUGCUCACAAAACACGAAGAGCAGUGCAAGGCUUCAAUAACAUCGCUCAGAGACCGCCUGGCUGACCUAAAGCAUGACGUCGGAGUCAGAAAAAAUGUCAGCCAAAGUCAUACAUAGACAAAAAGGAUCAUUCAUCCGUCUGUCUGUAUGCCUGUCCAGAUCAUGACGGACACCAAGUGCUUGGAUGUUCUGGGCCGGGAUGCCAUUCAACUGCUCGAUCAGCUGGCCGAGUCUCAACAGAAGGCCUCAGAUGACAGCCCUGAAAUGAAUGCCACGUCGUCUUCAUCACACGCCCUUCCCUUGCUUGAGUGUCACCUGAUGAUGCUGCGAAUGCAUCAGGGAAGAAUUUUAUCGGCGGAGAGAAGUCAAGGUCAUUCGUCGUUUGCUGUCUUCCGGCAAUUGGCGUUGCAGCUUCGAACAGAGGAAGCGCGGAAAUCCCUGACAAGGUAGGGAGGAGGAUAUCGCUCCCACGCGCCUUGCUGAUUUUUGUGGUUCUUUCUGAUGUGUGCAGAGCGAUUGCUCAUGUAAUGCCUCCCUCAUCCACUCGCCCCUCCAUCUCACUUGCCACAUCACAGCCAGUUGUCUGUGCAGAGCUUAGCACGCUCGACAGGCCAGCCAUGUGCGACCUGCUGGGGCAGAUGACGGCAGACGUCAUGACGGCACUGCAAGAGGGGCGCGAUCAGAUGGACGAACAGGAAGACGGAUGCAUCGCCGCUGAGAGGUAAGAGAAAAGUGAAACACAUGUGAAUGGACGGCAGGGUCUCUCUUUCUGUGCACUAUCAGGUCUUAUACGGACGAGCUGGCCACCCUUGAGGACACAUUUGGCCGGUGCGAGGUUGAGAAGGCACAGUCAAUGGAUGCCCUCAAGCAGGCAGAGAAGGAGGAGAGCAUCAAACAACAUCUGCAUCUGGAAGCAGACAAGGUCCCCAAGAGACAGAGCUCAGAACACAAAGAAGUCGGUGGGUGGGUGCGUGUUGGUGCCGCAGGCUUUUCAGCGAGUCCGCGACGAGUGUGCAGCGGGGGAGACCUCUUCCCGCAAGUUUCUCGAAGCGGUUAGAACUGUGCGGUUGGAGGUCGCCACCAUCUACAAACGACCUGCCCCCAGUGUGAGGUGCAAACAUAACGUGCAGCCUGCUUCCCUUGUCAUCUCCUUGUGUGUAGGAUUGUGAGCUGGCCGAUUGGCACAGCGAAGGGGCCUGCAGCAAAACCUGUGGAGGAGGAAAGAUGACCAGGACACGUACGGUAAGGAAUACAAAAUGCCUUCUCGACUGAGAUUUCGCCUUGCGCCCUCAGGUCAUUGCUCCGCCUGGGAAUGGCGGUGCGGGAUGCGGACCACUCACAAAGACCGCCAAGUGCAACACGGAUCCUUGCCCGAUCGACUGUGUACUCGGCAACUUCUCCGACUGGUAGUGCACCAACCUGGAGUGCCCAAUGCCCAUCCUCGCGUCUGUGUGUCUCUUUCAGGACGGACUGCUCAGCAACAUGUGGGGGCGGCCUCAUGUCUCGUCAGCGUGAGGUCAUACGCGAGGCGCGGCACAAUGGCAGCCCAUGCGUCGGCACCGAGGAGACCAGACAAUGCAACGUACUGAUGCGAAAUCAGAGACAGAGACAUACAUUCACUCGCGUUCGUUGCACGCGUCGUAGGUGGAUCCUUGCGGGAGCUGUGAUGUGGGCGAGUGGCACGAGUGGACUCCCUGCGACAGGGCGUGUGGGGGAGGCUUCCGGUAUAGCAGACGCGUCGUGGCCCCCACAGGGACAUUCACAGGUGAGAGCAAGGCGGAGCAUGAAUUCAUCGAGACUCUCGGUCGAUCAUCUGCCUAUGUCUUCAGCUGACGACUGCAAAGCUGAAGAGACCGUCAAGCGACAAGAUUGCAGUAUCGAUGUCUGCCCCACCAACUUCACCUGCACAGGCAGACUGGACCUCGUGUUUGCUGUCGACUCAUCGGGGUCGGUUGGAGAAGCGAUGUUUGAGAGCGAGGUGAAGCCACUGCUGCGCGCAAUGGUGUCCCUUCUCGACAUCAGCUGGCGGUCUGUCAGGGUAAAGGACAUAGCCAACAUCAUCCCUCACCUGUCAUUGCAAUGAUGCAGCUGUCCGUUUGCGCAUUUAGGUGGGUUUUGUCGACUACGCCACUUCAGUCAAGACGAGACGGCUGACCGGGUCUCGCAGAAGCAUCAUACAGGGAAUCGAGAAGCUGCCAUUCCUGUCGGGAGGCACGCGGACCGAUGUGGCCCUCAGCGCUGCACUCAGGCUGAUCGAUCGAGUAAGAGACACACGACACAACAGACACAAGACCUUCUGAACAACGCCCCUCCUUCCUUCUGUGUGCAGUGGGGUCGCGAUUGGGAUGACGUAAUGACCACCGUGGUGAUUGUGACGAAUGGCAAGCCUUUCUUUCCUUUUCUUGUGGAGAACCAGCGGCUCAGACUGGAGGAGAGGGGCGUGCGGGUUAUGAUGCUGCGAGUGGGGCGGGUGAUGGACCAGACGCAACAGCAGCUGUACGUCUCGCAACCAUUGCAGCACAACUUUAACAACAAGCUCUCCUAUGGGGAGAUGAGAGAGGGAUACAAAGAGGUAAGGGGACAAGGAAAGGCCCCAUGAUGCAGGCACUCCGAUGUCUGUCUCAUGCAGCCGGUGACAUAUUUCUGCCCGCGUCUCAAGAGCCAACAUAUCGACCAGCUGGCCACCACACCGAGCUGACAGCAGCCAUUUAUGUACGUGUACCAUGGAUGAUCGCAGUCGCAAGUAUACGUGUGUCUGUGAGCAGACGCAAAAACCCAU